AUGGCCAUCUCGAUGAAGAAUCGAUUUCGCAACAUCUUCGUGCCCUUGGCGCUCAUUUUUGCAGUUGCAGUGAUAAAGCAAGUGUUUGCCGGCAGUUGUACCAUAAGCCAACACAAAUUCAAAAAUGGCACUAUACUAGUAAAUACCGAAUGCAAAGUAAGCUGCUACGAAACAACCUUUUUUGCGGGUUCAAAUGCAAUGUGCAUUUUGAAGCAUAAAGGUUAUGGGUAUCUGUUUACUAUCGUAACUGGAAUGUGUAGUAAUGGGGUGUGCGAAGAAACGGACGAUGGAGAAAUAUACAAACGAGAACUUGAAGAGCCUUUGUGGGACGUCUACAACCCUCAAGACAAAAUACCAUGGAAAUUAAAUUGCCGCUUCAUUAAUCUCCAGGAUAAGGAUGAGAAUGUAUUUCUUUCCGCCACAUGUUCCGUAAAUUGUGAUGGAGUGGUCAAGAACCGUACCGACGGAACGCCAUGUGUAUUCUCACAAGUCGACUCGGGGGAUGAUAAUGCGAACAUCACAGUUGGAAAAUGUGACAAUGGCCGUUGUGUGUCCGACGGAGGGAAUUACCAAAUAGAAGUUAAGAAAGAUCUGGUCCAAUCGCGCUACGAAAAAAAGCUGCCUCGGAAAAAAGAUAUUCACCCAACUGUCGCCCGCACAGCUGUCGCAGUGGCUCUCGAAAAUGAAUACGUUGAACAUCUUGAGGUCUACACAGACGGCUCAGUUGACAAGAAGAGAGGAACUGCAACCGCGGCAUACACGAUCCCCGCAAUAUCAACUGAAAGUGCGGUUCUCUUAAACAUCGAGACGUCCUCUACAACAGCGGAGAUGGUUGUGAUUCUUCUGGCACUUACGGCACUGCAGGAACGUCCUGAAAUCGCGGAAUUCUUGGAAAUGAACGUGCAGAUACCCUGGCAACAAGGGCACACAGCAUCUGGACUACCAGGCACAAUCUGCGACGCCUUCACGAGGCGCGCCUUCUCAUCGCACGCGACCUCAGGAAAAGACACCCCGAUCCCGGAACAGCCAAUGGAGAAGGUCCUGUACCAGUCCCAACCUCUAAACUGA